AGAAGGCUAAACAAAAACAAAAAAAAAUAUAGUAUUUUAAAGAAAGUCAUCGAAAACAACCUUCAUUCAAUUUGAAAACAUCCUCUCUCUCAAAAGUCUCUCCUGCUCUGUUUCUCUCUUGAUGUAAGAGAAAGCACCAUACCCCAGGUUUUAUAUUUAGAAACAAAAACCUCUUUCUUUCUUCUGCGAUAGUCAGAAGAACAUCAAAAGUCGAUUAGAAGCAUCUAAAAAAUCAAAACUUUGCUUGUGGGGUUUCUUCUUUUGUUCGAUAGAAAAUGGUUCAAUACAAAAGACUAAUUAAAAAAGGAGAAAAGCAUAGACUUUCGGUAGAAGAAGGUGGUUCCGGUGCCUCCGCCGUCACUGUCUCCGGCGGUGUGUACUCAAAGACAGCCAAACAGAAGCUUCUCUUAACUAUCUUUCUCUCUUUGCUCUCAUGCUGUUACAUCUUCAGCUUCUCCUCUUUCUCUCUUCUAGGUGCUUUUAGCAGAGAAAGUAAAGGAUUUGGUCCUUAUGAACUGUUCAUUGCACCUCUUUGUUCAGGAACCUCUAAUGGAACAAUUUGUUGUGACAGAACCGGUUCUAGAUCCGACGUUUGUAUCAUGAAAGGAGACGUUAGGACACACUCUGCUUCGUCAUCAGUCUUCCUCUUCACUUCCCUCAAAAACAAGACCAAGAUCACGAAAAAGAUCAAACCUUACACAAGAAAAUGGGAAACAAGUGUGAUGCAAACAGUUCAAGAACUCAAUCUCGUUUACAGAGAUGAAGAAAACAAUUCUUUAGUCGUCUCCUCUGUUAAUGACAUCUGCGAUGUGUUCUAUAACGUUCCUGCUGUGUUUUUCUCAACUGGUGGAUAUACAGGAAAUGUUUACCACGAAUUCAACGAUGGAAUCAUCCCUUUGUUCAUCACUUCACAUCAUUUCAACAAGAAGGUUGUGUUUGUGAUUGUUGAGUAUCAUAGUUGGUGGAUUAUGAAAUAUGGAGAUAUCGUUUCUCAGCUAUCAGAUUAUCCUCCUGUCGACUUUAACGGCGACAAGAGAACACAUUGUUUCAAGGAAGCUAUUGUGGGAUUGAAGAUUCACGACGAGUUAACCGUUGAAUCAUCGUUGAUGCUUGGGAAUAAAACAAUUCUUGAUUUCAGAAAUGUGCUGGAUCAGGCUUAUUGGCCACGUAUCCAUGGAUUGAUUCAAGAGGAAGAACUCAAGGCAGCUAACAAGACAGAAGACGGUUUCAAGAAACCAAUAUUGGUGAUUCUGUCUAGAAAUGGAUCGAGGGAGAUACUAAAUGAGAGUCUUUUGGUUGAAUUAGCUGAGGAAAUUGGAUUCAUCGUCCAUGUUUUGAGACCGGAUAAAACAACAGAGCUGGCAAAAAUCUACAGAUGUUUGAAUUCUAGUGAUGUGAUGAUUGGUGUUCACGGAGCUGCAAUGACACAUUUACUUUUCUUGAAACCGAAAACAGUCUUUAUACAGAUUAUACCAAUAGGAACCGAAUGGGCUGCUGAGACUUACUAUGGUAAACCAGCUAAGAAGAUGAGAUUGAAGUACAUUGGUUACAAGAUUAAACCGAAAGAGAGCUCUUUGUACGAUGAAUAUGGCAUCGAUGAUCCCAUUAUCCGAGAUCCUAAGAGUUUUACUCAAAAAGGAUGGGAUUACACUAAGAAGAUUUAUCUUGAGCGCCAAAACGUGAAGCUUGAUUUGAAAAGAUUUAGGAAACCGUUGUCUCGUGCUUAUGAUUUCUCGAUGAAGCGAAUUGGACUGGUGUAUAUCAGUCACAAACCGGAUGUUACCAAUUAAACCGGGGUUUGAGAUUGUAUAAUAUAAUUUUGGAGAUGUAAACAUUUUGUACAGAGAAUGCAUAGACUUUCUUUUGUGUCGUACCUAAUGACACAAAUUUACAAGCUUUUGUUCUGUAUAGAAAUCACUAACCGGAGAAUACCAACUAAACUGAGUUUUUU